UAAAUGCAGGCGUCUGCUCUGCAGCUCAAGCUGGGGCAUCUUUGGCUCAAAGACCGCCAACAUGGCUCCUCCAACCAACGAGCUCGGGUCCCUGGGGGACCUCACAUUUAUCGUUGCUGUUGCCCUCCUCGCUCUCUCGUGGAUAACAGUUAGUCUUCGCGUAUGGGUCCGGUUUGGUAUCACGAAGUCACCCGGGUGGGAUGAUGCAGCUAUGGUCUUCACUCUGUGCCUCUUCACUUGCUAUGUGACGUUCAUCUUGAUCGUCAUCAUUUCUUUGCGUGCAACACAGGCGGUUACAAUUGAGCAAGUCAAACAGAGUCUCAUUUGGGUUCAACUCAGCGAGAUCUUUUACAUUCUCACAACUACAUUCCUCAAGACCUCGCUAGGGCUCUUCUUUCUACGCCUGCUCACCAAGCCAUGGCAACGCUAUCUAUUCAAUACGAUCCUCAUAGUAUCUGCUGUAUACGGGAUGUUUUACUUUCUUACCACCGUCUUUGUCUGUGGCAACCCCUCGAGAAUGGCGGACAGCUUUGUCGGGUCGGACACCUGCGCUCCUACUGCGUUCACGCUGGCCACUGGGUACAUCUAUGGCAUCAUCAAUGUCCUCGCAGACUGGACUUUCACCCUCGUUCCCAUCCUCAUCUUGAUCGAGAGUGACAUGGACCGACGAUCCAAGUUGUCCAUCAGCAUCGUUAUUGGUUUCGCUGCCAUUGGCUCGAUAUCUAGCAUAAUGCGCAUGGUAUAUCUGGAGUCAUUGGUUUUCAGGGAAGGCCUCACAGCAAACUCGAUCAAGGCUACCAUCUGGGCAACUGCGGAGCCAGGGACGGGCAUCGUCGCCUCCUCAGUCGCCAUUCUACGCCCGCUCUUCCGCAAGAUUGCCUCGGAUGUGCGCAGCAAGAUGAGCAACGACAAGACUCAAGCCGGUGAUGAAACACCCGUCACAGACCAUGAAGAAAGCGUGGUAGGACUGAAAUCCAUUGAUACAAUGAGCAGCUCGAAGUCCAUGGACACGGCGAACAAUUCGAAACUGAACACUACCACUUCAUCCAUUACGGAUGAUACGUGGGAAGAGCGGACGUCGUACGAGAUGGCACACGUUGGUGUGGGACGACCCAUGACCAUCACGGUAGCGGCGGGAGACAUAUUAUCCCCCAGAAAAUUUUCAUGAGCACAGCCCU